AUGUCCAUACAAGCGCUUGUUGUCAUAUGGAUCAGCUUGUGCGCGGCAAUGCUAUACAGCGAUCCACGGCUGUGGAUUGUCUUGGCCUCUUCGUUGGGCUUCGCGAUGGCUCGUGUGAUGACCGCCCCAUUGGCUUCGGCGAUGGUGAAGGCGUUCCCCACUUUGUCGCCAGUCGCUCAGCUACUGUACUGCAACACGGCAGUGUCAAUGCUGCACUCGGUGCUGUCCUCGCUGCUGUUGAUUUCGACUCUGCUGACGUCGCACUCGCUACAUAACGACUACAUCAAUAGUGUCACGAAGAGCGAAUUCCUCACUACUGCGCUCUCGACAGGGUACUUUGUAUACGACUUGUGGGAUUACGUGCUGAACAGGCUCUACAUAAAGUCUCCCGACGUCGUGCUCCACCACGUCGUGGUGCUCAUUUGCUACGUCUCAGCACUUACGAAGACAGUGGGCGUGCCACUACUGUCUUUGGCACUUGUCUGCGAGCUGCACUCGGUAUUCAUGCACGCUCGGAAGCUCCUGACGAUGAGCAACUUCUCGGUACGACAGUCUCGUUUUCUACGGUGGGUUUGGCGUGCACAAUGGGUCUUCUUUGUCAUUGCCCGGCUUCCUCUUCACGCUGUCGUUGCCGUGCUGACUUACCACGCACGAAGUCUUUUUGCCUACCAGCUGCAUUGGGCGAUGGCGUUCGGAGGCAUUAUGUUGAUCAAUCUGCUAAACGCUCAGCUCUUUCACGAUGUGCGCAAAGCGUAUCGAAACGACCAUGCAGUAUCUAAAGCGCGCAGUCAAUGA